GUAAUAUUCAAGACUUCCUGUUUUUCAACCGAUCCAUGUGUGAAAUAUCAUAUGAGUAACAGUUUCCAGAAGCUGUGAUAUCAUUCCAAGCUUAAAAGAUAAACAUGGAGGACCCAAAUGCAGAUACACAGUGGAAUGAUAUUCUCCGACAGAAAGGAAUUCUUCCACCAAAAGAAGAGAAAGAAAUUACUGAGGAUGAUGUCAUCAGUAUGGUAGAAAAAACAAUAGAAGAAAAAUCACAUGGUAAAGCAUUUGAUGACAUGACUUUAGAUGAAUUGAAUGAAAAAGAGGAUGAUAUUGAUGAAGAAGAAGAAAGAAUCUUUGAAGCAUACAGGAGACAAAGAAUGGCCGAAAUGAGGGAAGCUAGUAUGAAAGCCAAAUAUGGAUGUGUCAAAGAAAUAUCAAAAGUAGAUUAUGUAACAGAAGUUAACCAAGCAGGAGAGGGUGUAUGGGUAGUUUUACAUGUGUAUAAAAAUGAUAUUCCUUUAUGUAAAUUGAUCAAUCAACAUAUCAUGAACUUAGCAGGGAAAUUUCCCGAAGUUAAAUUUUUAAGAAGUGUAUCAUCAGUGUGCAUUCCUAAUUAUCCCGACAAAAAUCUGCCAACAAUAUUUGUGUAUUAUGAAGGAGAUAUGAAGAAACAGUUUAUAGGACCACAUGAAUUUGGUGGAAUGAAUUUUACUCAAGAUGAAUUAGAAUGGAACCUAUCGAAAAUUGGUGCAGUAAAAACAGAAUUAGAAGAACCACCUAAAAAAUCAAUAUCCGAUGUAAUGGACCGUGCCAUGAAAGAAAGUGCAAUAGACGAUUGUGAUGAUGAUAAUGAUUGGUGAUAAUCACUUUUAAUUUAUGUAUAUAAUCUAUGUAUUUAUUGUAAAUAAACAUACUUUUAUCAUCAUUUAA